UAAAUGUUGUGAAGCUGCUCUCUGAUUGGCUGAUUGGACCGGAUCCACCGGACCCGGUCUGAUCAGAACCAUCCACUGACCUGGGUCGACCCGGUCCAAACCGGAAACCUCUGGUCCCGCUGCGUCGUCAUGAUGACCCGGGUUCUGUCCGGAUCCACUGGCCGACCAAAUGGGUUCUGGAGCGGCUGGUUCUGGUUCUUCUGCUGUCUUUGUUUUCUGUUUUAGAAAGUUGGAAUAAAAUCACUCCGGAACCGGACCUGGGCCGGAUCAGGUUCUGCAGGACCGGGUGAACAUUGGGGCUUCCACAAAGUUCUGAUCGGCCUCCAGAACCGGAUCCAGCUGCUCGCCUUUACCGGUUCUGGAAAGGUUCUGUUCGCCAUCAGUAGAUAGAGAGGUCAGAGUUCAUUUGGGUCAGAACCAAAGUUCUCACACCAACUGCAGAACAUGUUCUGGUCCGGUCCGUUCUCCCUAAAAUCAGAACUGAGCUCAGCGUCAUGACAGGUCCAAACCCAGAUCCGGUUCUGAUCCAGUUCUGUGUUCAUGACAGAACUGGUUCUGCUGCUGGUCCAUGAAGUUCUAGAUGGCCUCAGUGUUUCUGGACCAGUCGGAAACAAUCGGGCCCUCAGAGACCUGCUGACCUGGCGUUUCCAGAACCAGAACCAGGAGAGGAUCAGAACCUGACUGAGAACAGGACUGUUAGAAGCCUUGGGUCAGAACCGAGCCCAUCUGGUUCUGAUCUGCGUUAAUAUCUGGAUUGCUCUGGGUUCUUUGGAGAAGCUCGACCCAGAAGAACCAGGUCAUUCGGUUCUGCUCAGCCUUCCUGCGGUUUUGUCCAGACUAGAACCCAUCCGGACCAGGAGAAGAUGGACCGCAGCACCAGGCUGCAGUUCCGCCUUCCGGCCAGCAGGGGUCGCCCUCGGCUGGGAGGAAGUUUUCACACUAACACGGUUCAAAGCUUCAGGAAGCCGAACACCAGAACCAGACCCGACACCGGAUCAUGAAUAUUUGUUCUGAGCUGCAAGUUCGGGAUAAAGUCCAGAUGAACCGAACCUCCAGAGCUGAGCAGCACUUUUCAGCGGUAGAAACGGACCAGACUGGCUCACAGCUUUUAUUUUGAAGUCUUGCCCGCUACGCCGGAAGUGUGCGUACGGCGGCUCGCAGGACUCGGUCCGCCUCCAGGUCAUCAUGGGAGAUUCCGUGUGCGAAGAACUCGAGGACCUGGUCCACUUCUCCGUCCCAGACCUGCCCGCGAGAGGGUACGUCGUGAUGGAGGAGAUCCGACGUCAAGGCAAGCUGUGUGACGUCACCCUCAAGGUCGGGGAGCAUAAGUUCAGCGCUCACCGCAUCGUCCUGGCCGCGUCCAUCCCGUAUUUCCACGCCAUGUUCACCAACGACAUGGUGGAGCGCAAGCAGGACGAGAUCCUGAUGCAGGGCAUGGACCCCAGGUACACAUUCAGUCUGUUCCCAGUCUGUUCCCAAGCUGUUCCCAGUCCGUCCCAAUCUGUUCCCAAUCUGUUCCCAAUCUGUUCCCAGUCUGUUCCCAGUCCGUCCCAGUCCAUCCCAUCUGUUCCCAGUCCGUCCCAGUCUGUUCCCAGUCCGUCCCAGUCUGAUCCCAGUCUGUUCCAGUCCAUCCCA